AUGGUUGUAGUGGUAAAGGUUACAAUUGGUGGUGAUGGUGAAGGUUUGGCUAGUGUUUCACAACUAAAAGAGGUGAAAGGUAGUGGGUGUUGUAGGAAAGGUGGCUUGAUGGGUGUAGUUGCAAUGGAUUUAGGUGUUAUGGAUCACGAGGUCAAUUUUGAGAUGUUGGAGAGUAGGGCUAGUAAAGACGAUUCGAUGAUGGGUGGAGAUCGAUGA